AUGUUUUCAAUUUAUUUUCCAUCUAUAGAUAGAGUGAGGUAGUUCUCAUGGAAGAAAACAAUAAAGCAUUUUACAGGAGCAAAACUUCACAUAUUUUUAGGAGGAGAUCAUUAUACUAAUUCUUUCAUGAAAGGAUUUAUGAGUAAAAUGACUCUAACAAUAUUUUGCCAAUCAGCUCCCUUUAUUAAUCUUCCAUGUCAUUAGGCUUGCUUCACUUGUGAUGGUCCAACAUAAAAUAAUUGCCUAAGCUGUUCAGAGACUCAAUUUAGAAGUUUAUCAAAAUUUGAUAACUCUUGUAUUUGUUAAGAAGGAUAUUAUGAAAAUGGAGUUGGGGUUUGUGAAACUGCAGUUUCUUCUUUGCCUUAUAUUUAAAUAUAGUAAGUUGAGAUCAAAUGCUAAUUACUAGGAUAUAAUAUUUGUGAUGAUGAUUAAAUCGAAUGCUCCUUUGGCUAUUUUUAAUUCAAAAAGAAAUGUAUUUAAUGGUAAGAAAUUAUAUAAUAUUAGUCCUAACUAUUAUGAAAUAAAUUCUCUAAUCCAUUUCACAUGCUUUAAUUGCAUCAUAUCUCCUUUAGAAUUUGCCAACAAUUUAACUUGUAUUUAAGAGGCAAGUACAUUUCAAUUCAACUAAUAAUAUCUUUAUGAAAUAAGGGUAAAAAAUAAAGCCGAAAUUAGCUAUUACGAAAUUUCUGUAGGUUUAGAUUAGUAAUUUGAAUUAAUUUUAUGUACUAACUGUGUUGGAAAAUAAGUAUGUAAGCCAGGAUAUUUUUAUUCAAAUUCCUAAUGUAUAAGUUGUAUCGAAGGUUGUCAAACUUGCUUAGAUAUUAAUAAUUGUGAUUAAUGUUACCAAAAUUAUUAUAAAGAUAUUGACAAUAAAUGCAAAAGCUGUUAAAGUUGUGCUAGUUGUACCUCUUUUGGAGAUGAUAUUUAUUGUGUUACUUGUGAAGAGAAAUAAAUAUUAGUAAUUGCAACAUGUCUAUAAUGCGGAAGAAAAUGUGAUUAGUGUGAUGAACAUUAAUAUUGUAAUUUUUGUCAAGGAUCUCCCUAAGAUUAUUACAUUUCGUUAGAUGGAAAAAAUUGCAAUGUUUGUAACAUAAAAAAUUGCAUAUAUUGCUUUGAAUAUAUUUUUAGCGAAAACAUGUGUAUAACGUCAUUUGAUAUUAAUUUCUCUGCUUUUAAUUCUAAUUUCCAUUAAAUAAAUAUAGGUUGUGCUUUAUGCUCAAAAGGCUACUUUUAUAAUUGGAAAUCUUAAGAAUGUGAAUUGCAGACAAUUAACAAUGAUUGUGAGUUUGCGAUAAUAAAUAGUUCUGAUAUUCGCUAGAAAUGCAUUAGAGGUUCAGAGCAGGAUGCUAUUUAAACAACAAAUUGUUUAGGUAUUCAGUUUUGUCUUGAGUGCAUAAAUAAUUAUAUUGCAAAUAAUUCAUUUUGUAUAGUUUGUUAAGAUGGAUAUUAUUCACAAAUCUUAACAGGCCAAUGCAGUCUUUGUCCGAAUUAUUGUAAGUCAUGUGUUCAAUAAAACCAAAAAUAUCAGGAUUAUUGGAAGUGGGAAAUUAAAGCAUUUUAUCAAUUUUUUAUUAACUUAAAUAAUGACCAUUCUUUUGAAAAAUUUGCAUCUAUUUCUUCUGAAAAAGAAAUGGAAGUGAUAUGCACAUCUUGUCAUAUUGGUUAUAUUUAAGAUUAAUUUAGAUGUAUCCAAGAUUGUGAUAAGAGUUGUUUAAAAUGUGAAAUAAUAAAAGGAAAAUCAACUUGUAUAUAAUGCCGUGAAACUUCUUAGAGUCUUUUAAAAAGUUUGAGUGAAGACGGAAAUUGUUUACUUUGUCCAUCUAAUUGCGCAGCCUGUUUGAACAGAAAUGAAUCUGAAAUUGCAAAAAUUAACCCUUAUUUUAUAUUAACUAGUUAGAACGUGCAAUAAACAAGAAUUUGUUUUGAAAAAACUUAAAAGAGAAUUCAAAAUAUAUAUUAUCAUUAUGAUACCUUUACAUAAACCUUGUCUACCUGUAAUGAAAAAGAGAAAUGUUUCAAUAGAGUAAUUUUUAAAUUAAAUAUAUUUUGCGAUUAUUCCGAUUACUACGAAUAAAUGUCAUAAGAAAAUGAUAAUUAAUUUUUUGUAAAGAGCAAUAUUCCUCUUGAUAGAUUUUAUGAUGAAUAUUACAUUGAUUUCUUUGAAUCGUAAUAACUUUAUGCUUAUUUAACUGAAAUUUCUGUGAAACAAGUUUCCUAUUAGUUUACAUUAAUAUAAGGCAAUGCUGAAGAGUGUCUUAUGAAAAAUAACAUGAAUAUUUACUCUACCUUAUUAUAAAAUAUAUUUACUUUAUAAUAAAUUGACAUAGAAUUUAUGGGGAAGGAGUAUCAAACCAAAUUAAAAAUCUAAUCUUAGAUAAAUUUAAGUAAUUUUACAUCUGUAUCAUUCACAAAUAUUCAAUUUAAUUUUGGAGAAAAUAUUUUUAACUCUUUGGAUUCUACUAUCAUAAAUUUAUAUAAUUUAAAACAUACAUUAACCCUCAAAUUGAUCAAUUGCAUUUUUAUUACUGCAAAUGGUUUCGCUAGAAAUUACACAUUAUAAUUUAAUUCAAAUAUUCCUUAUGCUUUGAUAAUCAACAAUUUAAUUUUGGAAAAUUUUCGCAUUUUCUCAUCAAAUUUGUUCUAAUUUGAAGAUUAAGAAUAUUUUCAGAAAAAUCAUCUUAAUUUGAAAUAGCUAACCAUCAGAAAUUCUUUUUUUUUCAACUCAACUUUAUUUAAAUUCAUUGCUCUAAAUAAUAACUUAAAUUUUGAUUCAAAUUUUUCUGAUGUUGAAAUAAAAGAAACUACUUUCAUGUAAUCUUAGUUUAUUUUAAGUAAAAGCCUUUUAAAUUAUACAACAGGAACAGUAGUUUUUGAUAAUUUGAGGUUAAAGAAUAUGGAAAUGUUUUUUAAUUCAAAUUUUGCUUAACUUCCUUGUGUUACAUUUGCUAAAUUUGAAGCAGUCUAAUUAGAAAAUAGUAGAUUUUGUAAUAAUUCGAGAUUUUAUUCAUCCAAUAAAAUUAAUAUUGAAAAUUGUAUUGUGGAUAAUACUUAAAUUUUUGAUAGCAACUUGAUAAUAAAUGAUGUAGAUUACUCAAGAUCAGAAUAAGCCUUAAUUGAAUCAUCUAAAAUUUUCAUAAAGUCUUGCAACAUAAUAAAUAAUGAAUAUAAUAAUCAUUAAUAACUCAUACUAAUCAAAAAGUAUUAAGAAAUAUCUGAUGUUUAUCUUCAGAUAGAAGAUAUUUUCCUGUCCAACAAUAGGCUGACAACAAAAAUAGAAUAGAAUCAAAUAUAUUAUCAUUAAUCUAUAAUUUAUCUUGAAUGCUAAAUCUGUUUGUUAAAAAAUAUAAUCAUUUCAAGAGGAUAUGGAUUUCCAGAAAUUAGCAUCCCUAAUUCUAAAAUUUUGAAUAUAAAGAAUUUCACAGUCUCUUAGGAUUAACGAUACAUGUCAAAAGUUUUACAUACAUCUAUGGAAUGUGUUAACAAAUUUACAUAAAUGGAUUAAUACUUCAUUCUUUAUAUUGGUUAAUAUAAAAGUGUGAAUGUAGAAUCAUUUUCCAUUAUAAACUGCUUAAGUUUCAAUAAUGCUUACAUCAUAUUCUAAGGUUAUGACAUUAUGGAAGCAUCAAUAAAUGAAUCCAUUAUAAUUUAGAACUCAUAAUUUUGGGAUAAUAAAUUAAUAAUUACUGACUCUAAUAAAAAUGCAGCUCUAAUUUCCAUAACAUCAUCAUAAUCAUGCGUUAUAAACAUAUCAAAUAGCAACUUUUCGAAUAAUCAUUUAAAUGAAUAUUUUUAAGAUUCAACUAGUCCAUCAGCAACUGUAUUAUAUAUGUCUCUGUAAUAAGGGUUAGCCUUCAUAAAAAACUGCACAUUUUUAAAAAAUCUUGUUACUAACUCAAGUGAUUCCAUCAUUUACAUAAAAUCAACUUCUUUACAUCUAUAAAAUCUAUAUUUUACAAGCAGCAACAUUAAAUUUAUUUCAAAAAUGAGUUAAAGUGUGAUUUUUUCAACAAUUCAAAAUUUAAGUUAAAUAGAUUUUGAAGCAGCUUUCCCAAUUAAAUCUAAAGGUGGAAAUGGAUACUUUAUUGUAAAAGAACUAAUUAUAAAUAAUAUUUCAAUUAAUAGUUCUAAUUCAUUAUAGGGUGGAGGAUUCUAUAUUGCCACUUAAGGAAUGAGUAAAAUAUUAAUAUCGAACUCUUUUUUUAUAAAUACAUAAACGUAACUGUAGAGUUCGGUUUUUUCAAGUGGAGGUUGCCUAUAUAUUGAUGCAUCUCUGUCUUAACUCACAUUUUCAUUAAUUAAUUCAUCAAUUGAUACCUCAUUUGCUAAGUAAGAAGGAGGAGGAGCUGUUAUCAUUCCAUCUGAAAUAUAUAAUAGGAUUGAGGUGAUAAAUUUAACAAUUAAAGAUUGCUUUUCAUUAAAAUACUCCUUCUUAGCAUAUUCUCCUAAUAAAGUUGAAAAUUUAAUCUCAAAUUUAAUAUUUCAAAAUGUCAAUUUUUAUUAAACACAAGAUGGGUUAAAUAGAUAUCUUUCCUUAUUGGAAUAACUUACUAAUUCUUAGGCUUAAUAAUUUGCAAAUUAUAAUCCAUUAAUUUUUGCUAGGUUUAGCAACUUUACUUUAACUAAUUGUAAUUUUCACUCAACCUAUAUUUAAUUCUUGCUUUAAUUAGACUAAGUUGAUAACAUAAUAUUGACAGAUAUUAAAGUCAUAAAUUGUUCAACAUUUUCUUCUCCUUUAUUUAAAAUGAAAUCUUAGAUCAGGUAAUUAUAUUUGAUAUUUAAAUAGAAUUUUUUGGAUAAUUAAGAAUUUAUAAUCUAGAAUUUGUUAAUGUAGAAUCAAAAUUAAUAGCUUAUGAUGCUACUUGCAUGCUUGUAGAUUAAGAAUUGAAAAAUGAAAUACUAUGUCCAGAAGAAACCCAAAAAGGUAGCUUAACUAUAGAUGAGCCAGAUUUUACUUAAAAAAAUUAACUUUAACUUAUUUGUAAUCAAAUUUUAAUUUUUUCAAAUAAUGAAUAUAAGUUUAGUCUAUUUGAAAUAGAUUAAAUAAAUUCAAAUCAAUACUUAUUUGUUUAACAUGUCAAAUUUUCAAAUACACAAUGUGAGAUAUGUCAAUUUGGUUUAAUGAGAAUCCUUGGUUUUGAAUAAAUAGAAGAAUAAAACAUGAAAUUCUCAUAUAUUGAGAUCAAAAAUUGUAAAUGUGGAAUUUCUGGUUGUUUAUCAAUUAUUAGAUCAGAUGAUGUACAAAUAAAUAUUAAUUGUAUUUUUCUGAAAUGUAAAAUUAAAUCAAAUUUUAUUAAUUUGAAAAUAAUUCAUUGUAUCUUCUUAAAGUAGUUUAUCUGAUAAUCUUAGAUUUCUGAAAUAGCUUGAUUAUGAUUUUUUAGAAAGCAAAAUGAAUUAAUAACUAUCAAUUUUGAAAAGCAUCUUUGUAAAUAAUUCAGCAUAAUUAGGAGGCUCAUUAUAUUUAUUUGACAUAGAAACUUUAAUUCGAUAAUGCAUAUUUGUUAAUAAUUCUGCUAGAAUAGGUGGAGCUAUCUAUUAUAAUUCCUCAUAGAAAUAAUUAUUAAUAAUUGAAACUGAUAUCACUAUGAAUUUUGCUGAAAUUGCUGGCGGAUUGUUCAUCAAUUCCUUGUAUCUUUAAUCGACAAAGGAAUUAGAUGUCAUUAUUGUCGAUAAUAAUUCAACUCUGUAUGGCGAUAAUGUCGUAGAAAAACCAAGCUCUUUAACGUUAUCAUUGAAUGGAGGGUAUACUUUUUUAGAAACAAAAAUCUUAAUUAGUUCUGAAAAUGAGAUAGUUGAACAAAUUAUUAUCCAUCCUUAUAAAACAUAUGGUUUAUCAACUUCAUAAGUAUAUUUGAUGUUGCCCUCUGGGUAGGCUAUUUUAGAUUACUAAUAUUUUGAUAAUUUUACUUUAAAAACCAUUCCAUAUAAUUAUCAAUUGAGAGUUAUUGCUCUUGACAAAUUUAAAAAGUAAAUUAAAGGCUUAGAUAAUUCAUAUUGUACCCUAUCACCUUUAGUUUAUAAUAUGUCUACUAAGGGAGAGGAAAUUAAUGUUACAUUUAGCCUUUCCUUUUAUAAUGUUAGUUUUAAUUAAUCUACUGGGGAUUAUAAUUUAGAUAAUUUAGUAAUCUAUUUCAAUCCAAAUUAUAGCUAAGAUCUAGUUUUAAGGCUUUUUAUUAAAUGUCAUGCUGUUUCGGUCCCAUAAUAUAAAGAGAAACCGCCAUAUUAAAUAGAUAAAAGUUUGAAGUCUUAUAAAAUAUUUGUGGAUAUUCAAACAUUUCCUUGUCAAAUAGGAGAAUUUUUGAAUUAUACUUCUGGGGGAUGUGUAAUUUGUGAUCCAUAUAAAAACUAAUAUUCUGUUUAAUUAGAGGCAAAAAGCUGUAGUUAUAAGGAUGAUUCAAAAAUAAACUCAAUAAAAUCCUCUAUGAUUGAAUUAAGGCCUUCUUAUUGGAGAACCUAUUACUAUAGCGACAUUGUAGAAUAUUGUUAUCAUCUUCCUUAAAAUUGUAUUGGGGGUUGGCUGCCUGGAGAUUAUUCGUGCUUAUUAGGGCACAUUGGAGCUCUGUGUGAAUAAUGCGAUCUAUAUGAUAUAAGAGGCGAUGGUUAAUUUUCAGUGAGUUAAGAUUUCCAAUGUGGGAAUUGCGAUUAAAUUUCCUAUAAUGUCUUAAUAAGUAUUUUAAUAAGUCUAUGGACUCUCCUUUCAGUUUUAUUAUCAGUUAGCAGUACUGUUGCAGUGAUGAAAGAUUUUAUUAGAGAAAUAAGAUUAAGGGCUUUUGGAAUAUCUCAUUCAAUCAAAGAAGCAUCUCCUGCUAUUCUAAUUAAAAUAUUUACAAAUUAUUUAUAAAUUAUCCAAGCAAUUUCAACAUUUAAACUAGAGGUUCCCUUUAAUGUGCUUAUAAUCUUGCAAAGCCUUGCUAAUCCCAUAGGAUCUAUGGCAUAUUCAUUAGAUUGCUUUAUAGUGUCUUUUACAAAUAUUGAAAUAAUUUACUUUAAAUUAAUAUGGAGUUUGACUAUGGCAGCAUUGUAUUUAAUAUUUUUUUUUCUUUUACUUGGAAUUGCUGUUUCAAUAAAAUUAAUUAGGCUUGAUGUUUCAUAUAUUUCAACUCCAUUUAUCUAUUUAUUCAUCUAUUUAUAACCAAAUUUAAUAGGGUAAAUCAUCUCACUGUUGUCUUACAGAAAGAUUUCAAAUGAGAAUUGGAUUUAAGGAAAUGUUUCAUAUAGAUACGAUACGAUCUCUCAUUAAAAAUGGACAUAUUCUUUAUGUCUUCCCCUUUUAAUUGUAUUUGGCUGUAUAAUUCCUUUAUUUUUUAUGUUUAAGUUAUUUAAUAAUAAAAAAUAAUUGAAUAGAAUUACCAUAAGGAAAAUUUGGGGAUAUUUAUAUAAUGAGUAUAAAAGACAUGCUUUUUAUUGGGAAACACUCAAAAUAAUUGAAAAGGAAGCGAUAAUAAUAGUAUUAAUUUAUUACAAUGAUCAUAUUUAAAUUAAAGCUUCAAUUGUUUUCCUAAUAUUAUUUUAUUACAGCUUUUUAACAACUUCAUAUAAACCAUAUGCUACAGGAUAAUUAAAUCGCUUGGAUACGCAAUCUACAAUUAUUUGUGCAAUAUCAAUAAUUAUGGCAAGUUGUAUUUAUACUGCUUAAUAAUAAGAAUUAAACGAAAUUAUUUUGCCUUCCUAUUUUGUCUUGGGUUUCAUAAAUUCGUUGUAUAUAAUUUAGAUGAUUAUACAAAUCGUCUUAUCCUAUUUUAAAAGAUUAGACCUAUUAGUUGAUAAAUUAAAAGAAAUUAUUUUGAAAAAUUUUCCAAAUUUCAUCACACAGCAUCCCAAAAUUUAUAAUUUUUUGGAGGGGAAAAAGUAAAAGCAAUUAAGAGUUAAAAUAAAAUAUAAGAAACUAAAAGAUUAUCUAUUGGCUAAGGCCAGGAGAAUUUUGCAAUUCAAAAUGUAAUAUUUUUAAUUCGUAAUGUUAGGUUUAAUGAAAACCUCCUUUCAAAUUAAAUUAGUUUAAAGGGCUUUGAGUAAGAAUAAAAUUAAAUAAUAUCUCCAUAAGUAAAAAGCAUCUAAAGUGAGGUUGUCUUGAACACAAGUUAGUUAAUCUCAGAAAGAAUAAACCAAAAUCCGAAAUGCAUUGAAAAUUAAUAAAAGUCAAUAUUUUAUGCAUUUAAAAGAGAGAAUAAUUAAAGGCUUUUAAAGGAAGAAAAUAUUCUUCCCCCAAAACCUGAAAAAGCAACCUUAUGA